AUGUAUUCAACACUCGUUGUCAAGAGUCUGAUGAAUCUAUCGAUACCGCGUUAUAUACAACGAUAUACAACGAUAUAUAACGAUAUACAACGUUACCGCGUUGAAAAAACUUGCAAAUCGUACGAAUUUGGUGACUUACAAGACUCCCAAGUAAGAGACGGGAUAGUGUGUGGAAUUCAAAGUGCUGAAGUAAAGGCAAGACUGCUGCGCGGCCCAGCGCAGGGUAUAUCGAUCGGUUAUGAAGAUCACGAAUUGCGCAACUGCCCUGCAAACGGACAGAUGUGUCAUGAAUGCCAAGGAAGAAAUCAUUUCGCCAGGGUAUGUCGUUCUUCUGGAAAGCCUGCGCAUGUUGUUGAAGAAAGUUCAGAUUCAGAGAAAGAAAUGUAUAUCGUAACUGUAGAAAGAAGAAUUCGAAGAAUGGAUGGAAUCAGGAAUGUCGUCGUUAAAGUGGGCAAAAGAGAUAUAGCGUUGAAACUUGACACUGGGGCUCAAUGCAAUGUUAUCCCCUAUGAAACAUAUAAGCGAAUGACUAAAGAGAAACCUGUCAAGUCAAAGACAAAACUUGUCUCAUACUCUGGGCACAGCAUCAAGGUGAUUGGGAAAAGCACAGUGCCGCUUGAACACAAAGGAAAGUUCUAUCCAGUGGAAUUACAAAUAGCCGAGAAGAGUGAUGUUGUUCCGGUUCUCGGUUUACAGACAUGCCUUGAACUUAAUCUUAUUAAACGACUAUUCGCUGUAAACGAUACAUCUGAUGAGACAGGUACUGUACUUCAAAACUGUCAACACAGCAGACCAGUGAAAAAAUAAUUAAACAAUACGAUGAUGUAUUUCAGGGAUUAGGGUGCCUGGAAGGCGAAUAUCACAUCAAAACGAAUCCAAACGUUACGCCAGUUGUCCACGCGCCAAGGAAAGUUCCGUAUGCGCUCCGUGAUAAACUGAAAACUGAACUUGAUCGAAUGGAAAUCUCGGGGUAAUUGAAAAGGUUGUUGAACCGACAGAAUGGCUCAAUUCGUUAGUCGUGGUUGAGAAGAACAAUGGGAAAGUACGAGUGUGCCUCGAUCCAAGAGAUCUAAACAAAGCUGUUCUUAGAGACCACUAUCCCAUGAGAACAAUCGAGGAAGUUGCUGCAGAGUUGAAUGGAGCGAAGGUGUUUAGCACAAUUGACGCAUCGUCAGGGUUCUGGCAGGUUAAAUUACAUGCAGAAAGUUCAAAACUUGUAACUUUCAACUCACCAUUGGGAAGAUAUAAGUUUUUAAGACUUCCAUUUGGUAUUAAUUCUGCUCCAGAGGUCUUCCAACGGCGAAUGACGCAAGCAUUAGAAGACAUCGAGGGAGUGGCUGUUAUUGUGGACGACAUCUUGGUGUGGGGUACAGCACUUGAAGAGCAAAAGCUCAACAAAGAGAAAUCAAAGAUUCAGACGAGUGAACUAUCGUAUACUGGACAUCUCUUAACCCGUCAUGGAGUUAAACCGGAUCCACACAAAGUUAACGCCAUUAAAGAGAUCAAUACACCUGAAGACAAGAAAGAACUGUAG